AUCAUUAUUCUCAUUCUCAUCAUUACAUACAUUACAUCCAGGCUGAAUAAUUUGAACAACAAUCAUCUUUAUAACUUGUCCAGCAAGACAUCACCAUCAUAACCAUCUUCAAUCAGUUGAAAGUAAAAAACUUGCCCUCGGCGGUCAUUCUUUGAUGGUGAAAGUAGCUUCAAUAAUUAAGGAUGCUAAUGACCAUAGAUUUUGUUUAUUUUUCUUUUAUAAUUUUGAAAUAUUGAUAUCACCUUAGGAAUUUUUCAAUUAUGCUGAACCAAGUUUAACUAAGCGCCAUAAAUUGAUAUUUAUUUGAAUAGAUUUGCUUUACAAAAGAUUUUUAUCCAUUUUAGAGGAAAUUAAAUGUUUUUAACAAUUAUUUCUUUAAAUUGUUAACUUUAAGUUUCCUGUAUUUAGUGUCUCUGAAAGUUAUACCAGUGAUCCUACAUGAAACCUUUGGAGUCAUCUUUCUGUUUGCAUCGGUUUUCAUCCAAUGGUGAAAGUUUUGGCUCAAUUUUUUGUUUUCUCUUAAAGUUUUUGCCAAAUUUGUGAUUAAAUUGGACGAUGUUUUGGUUGUCAUGUUGAAGGUAAUUAAAGACAUUUGACCACAUGCUGCUGACUUCAAAGUAAUUCAUAUAUCAUCUAAUAGUAAUUUUGCUUGACAAAAGAAUGCCCAAAGAAUGGAAAACUAUGUGCCAUUAGGAUUUAUUCAAAUUAAUUCACUCUCAUCCAAAUCUAAUUAUUUGGCACCAUGCAAAAGCUUCAGUUAUUUAUUGUGUUCGUAAUCUGUAGUAUGGUUAUGGUCAUUCUACAAAAUGGUCUCAAUCAAACCUGGAACUGGUCCAAACUCAGCAAUCUUGUUUUAAUACCCAAAAAUUUCAAUGAUGUUACAGCAGAAAAUGAUCUUUUAAGGAUAAAAAAUCUUCUCGCUAAUCGUACAAGUAGUUAUAAAAUUUAUCUGAACACUGAGAAUUACGAUGUUCUAAGGAGCCUUGAGAAGCAAGUAUCGCACAAGAAACGUAAACGUCUGAAGCAACCUCAUUCAUCUCAUGUACAAUCUUUUCAUAAAUUAUCAUCUAUUGAAAUGAUCUUAAAAAUGAUGUCAAGUCGUGAUCGACGUAAUUCUUCCCGUUGGCUGAGUAAACUUGGAAAGCGAGCCUUUCUUCACUCGUUUGACCCAUUAAAAAGCUUCUCUGUUAUCAAUGGAACCAAAACACCAAUUCGUUAUAUACUUUUAGUGUCACAUUUUCGAGCUGGUUCGUCAUUUGUAGGUGAUUUGUUGCAACAAAAUUGGAAAACAUUUUACUCCUUUGAACCUCUCCAUUUGUUUCAAAUUAAUUAUAAAGUUGAUCCUGAUCAAGAUGAAGAAGCUCUCUCAUUAUUACAAAACAUUUAUUCAUGUUCAUUUGCUUCGGAACCUGGUUAUGUUGAAUGGAUUCGCAAACGUGAGAACAAGUUUCUUCUCACAUGGAAUCGUUUCCUUUGGAGUUUAUGUAAUAUCUAUCGUUCUUGGUGUUAUGAUCCUAAUUUUAUCCAUCAACUUUGCUUACGGACUAAAUAUCGCGUCAUUAAAGUGACCCGGUUAAGCCUUAAGUCAGCAGCAAAACUGUUGAAUCAACUACCUAAGUCAAUUGAUUUGAAACUGUUAUAUCUUGUCCGAGAUCCUAGAGCCAUUUACAAUUCUCGAAGUAAACUUGAAUGGUGCACCAAAACACCUUGCGGUGAUUACAAUCUGAUGUGUGAUGAUUUUGAAUCUGAUCUUGCUGUAUAUAAACAAUUAGUUGAUACUUAUGGUGAUAAAAUAAUUUCGUUAAGACAUGAGGAUCUUUCACUGAAUCCAUAUGAAAAAGGAGCGACUCUCUUCAAGUCCCUUGGAUUACCAUUUACAUCUGGUGUUCGUCGUUUCCUCAGAAUCAACACUGAAGCUGAACUGCCUACCAAUAUAACUAUUGAUCCAUACUCAAUUCGUCGGAGCUCCAAAAAAGUUAUAACCAAAUGGACUAAAGAAUUGAAUGCAAGUCAAAUCAUUGCAAUACAAAAUCGAUGUCCAAAUGUUUUCGAUCAAUUAGGCUACAAGCCAAUUGAUUUAUCUUAUUUAAAUGUUUCAUCAAUCAACUUUGAAGAUAUUUUAGAAGAAAAGUUGACUCUCCCUAACUCUUUAUGACAAUUACUGAAUAAAUCUCUGAUGGUUGUUCAUCAUCAUGUUAAAAUGCAGUAUUAA